AUGGCUUCUGGGCUCUUCGAGAAGCUUAGACAGUACUAUCACAGAAAUAAAGAACCUCAGCCUCUUAUUUCAGAGACCACUGCCGUUUGGUGUUCGAUACUAUGCACAAUCCUAUAUGUUGCACCAUUGUAUACCUCAAAGGCGACUAGGCCUGGUCCGACAUUGAGCCGUGAUGCACCGUCACUGAUCAAAGCUCGCAUUCGCGCCGUCAUGCUGUCAUGCCUCUGCUGCAGCUUGGCUGCAUUUUAUUUAAUCGUCCAUAGUGGAAGGAGUAGCCCGUUAGAAGGCCUUCAGCUCCUAGGGUGGUGGCCGAUUGGGUUUUUGGAAAUCGGAAAGAGUUUACUGCUCACGGUACUGUUAUUCAUGGGUCCAUUGUUCGAAAUGGGAAUUGCUGAAGGAAAGUGGAGGAGCUGGGUUAGAGGUAGGAAUUUGGUUGAAACACUUCGAACCUGGGUAGGGUGGAGGAACUACGUGGCGGGCCCAGUAACCGAGGAAAUAACUUUCCGAUCAAUCAUCACCGUUAUUCAUCUAAUGGCAAAAAUGUCCCCAGUCCGAAUUGUGUUUCUUACACCUCUAUAUUUCGGCAUUGCGCAUGUUAAUCACUUUUACGAAACAAAGCUCGCCCAACCAAACGCCGCUCUAACGCCGGUUCUUAUUCGUUCCCUUUUCCAGUUCACCUAUACUACGAUAUUUGGAUGGUAUGCUACCUUUAUCUACCUGAGGACUGGAUCCCUUCCUGCCGUCAUCCUGGUGCAUUCAUUCUGCAAUUAUUGUGGCCUACCUCGACUCUGGGGCCGGGUAGAAACGUCUAUUCCUAUCGAGAGCACUUUGAUAAGAGCGGCCAAGUUCGACGAGGACGAGAACUUAUUUGAAAGGAGCAACGGUACAACUGGUAUUGGCUGGACUGUGGCAUAUUAUAUCAUUUUACUGGCUGGAGUGGUAUUAUUCCGGUAUCAGUUUUGGCCGUUGACGGAAUCUUCAAAAGCCUUGGUGUCAUUCUCACCAAAUGCGCAUUAA